AUGGCGGCACCGCUGAGAUCCCUUAGCCAUAGAGCGACAUUCCCCUCUUCCGUCCAAGGCGUUUUGCGGCAAACAACGACUCGCCUUCCCCACUCUGCCCACCGCGCAGCGGCAAUAGCAAAUGCUCGCCUUCACACCAAUUCUGGAAGCAGCAGCCACGAUGACCAGGAGGAUACGAGCAUUCGGGAACGAGCCAUCAAAGCACGCGAGCCAAGCUAUGCCGGGUGGUGGACCGAGGUCAUGAAUUAUCACACAGCUCCGCAGACUUCUGUCGAUCCCUCAGCACCCAGUAUACCCUACAACAACAGCAACAACAAUGGCACCACUACGCCUUCAUCAGACGAGAUCCAGAAAGGAUACGGAAACACCUUACCCAGGGCCAGGCCAUCCCUAGAGUACAAUACCCUUCCGAGAGCAGCAUCAACUGGAUCGGCCACGUUUGUCACAGGAACCGGAUCAACACUUUCAGCACCAGCAGCCGAGUCUACAGACUAUCACGGAUUCAAAGUACCUGUUAAGCCAUCGCCGCCAGGAGCAGAGGAUUGCUGCAUGAGUGGUUGUGCACAUUGCAUAUACGACAUCUACGAGGAGGACCGUCAGGAGUACAAGGCCAAGUUGGCCAAGGUUCUAGACGAGAUCUCAAAGGCAGGAAUACCGCCACCCCCCAACAUCAAAAAGGGCAAAGGCGGCGGCGGCGCUUCUACAGGCAAUGCGCAGUCCGCCAAUGACGAAGAAGAUGACAUGGAUCCAGGCAUGAAGGCCUUCUUGGAGCUCGAACGGAAACUCAAAGGAUCAUGA